CUCCCAUCUGCGAUAGUUAACUGUCAGCAAACAUAGUACUUUAUAGAAACACAUAUCUCUCGAAAAUAUUCAAAGGAAAAAAGCAACAAGGAAAAAAAAAAAAGGAAAAAAAGGAAAACCAUACAGCUUGCCCGAGAUCAACACCAAUCUCAUCCAGGACCUCUUUCACAAUCUCCUCGCCUUCCUCCUCAUCCUCUAUUCCCGUGGCCUCGUCAAUGGCAUCGUCCAUCAACUCCUGCCGCUGGUCCAUGAUUUCAUUCUCCCGUUCGAAUUCCAUGGCUAUCCGUUGUAGCGCGGGGAGGUUCAUUUGUCUGUUCAUGCUGCCCAAAAGCAUUGUUGCGCCUCUCAUGGAUUGCAUCAUCUGCUCGUUACUCCUAACGGUCUAUACAAGGCAACCCGAUAGGUGUUAGCACGUCCUGGUACCCGGGGAAAACAUAACCUCUGUUCUAAAGGCUCGUUUGUUUUUUUGCGCCGCAAGCAAAAAUCGUACCUGGAUCCGGAGGGAGAUGGCUUGUAGCUGUGUUCGCAUUGAGUAGAACUUUUGGAUAUACCUAGAAGAAACGAUGACAAAAUAAGAAUAAUCGAAUCAGCAACCAUGAGGUUUUGAAUGAAAUGAUAACACACAAGCAGUGUAUAAAUCGCGGAAAAGAGGUUCCCUAGAAAGGAAAAUAUAUCGACAUACCGCCUCGUCCUAACCAGAUCUUUCGCCUGAAUCUUGCAGGCCCCUAUUUGCCCAUUCUUUGCGCUCUUCUUGAUAUCCUGCACAAGCUUCUUUUCCUGGUUUUCCAGCUUAACACGUUCUCUAUCCAGUUCGCGCUGCGUCUUUUCCAGGGCCCGUUGGUGUUUUCGCAGACGCUCUGCGGGGGUCAUCCGCUUUCCAAACGCCCAUUCUACGAUCUGGUUGCCUAGUAAGCAGUCGUUCUAACGCGGGGUAUGGUAUUGGUACGUACAUUCAUUGCGAGUUGUUGUAUGAGAAGGUAAAGAGAGAGGAAAAUAUAACACCCGGUAACUAUCACAGUGUGAUAGACAGCAGCAGCAGUAGCAGCAGCAGCAGCAGGAGGCUGGAUUGCACUUAUUUAGCUGGUCUCUAGAACAACGGCUUGGUGCUCUGAAUAAUGUCGCGGUGACGAUGUUCUGCUUCGGCUGCUGAUUGCCCAGAAGCGCCACGCCAAGCCCGGGACAAUCAGAUCCGGACCAUCAGCAAUAAUUCUUUUCCACCCAACGUCAUUAACCCGUUUUCCUCUGCAAAAACCCCCCCGGUUCAACAUCCACACAACUACCACGUCUCAAACGACCCCUCUUCAUUUCAUGCGGGUGCUCACUCAUCUCCUUUGAUCGGCGCAGUUCGCUUGCUUGCCAUGAGUCAACAGUAUUUCCCGAGUGAGGCCGGCUCGGCGGCUGGCGAGGGCUCCUCCAAACACGCCACUGGAGGAGAAUCUUCGAACAGCUCGCAUCACCACGGCGAAGGGCCUGAGUAUAUGGUCGUCGGGUCCGGAUCGGUUUCUCACAACGUGACAUCGCUGAUGGCGUCGCUGAAUCACGAUUCUGGCUAUGGGGGUAGCAUAAUGGGCGAGAGUGCGGAUGGAUUGAUGGGGGACCGGCCGACACCUUCGCACACACCAGUUGUUCCGGGUCAGCUCAAUGAGGCUGCCGAGCACGAAAGACAGAUUGUCGCAAGCCAUGUCCACCAAUUACUAUACAACUCGAACCGAACCCAGCUUAGUCGCUCGAUUACCCGCACCGUAGAACUUCUCAAAGAGCUCCAGCAAAUGAACCGCAAGUGGCCCGCUCAUUACCCACCCGUCCAGUCCACUCAACCCACAUCCUCAUACCCACCUGGUCCACAGCGUGUACAGUCAUGGCAGGUCGAUGCAGCAAAUUCCAAUCCUUUCGAAAGGCCAGACCCGUUGCGACGUACGACUGCAGGAGUAGACGGGAGUGCGAUUCCUGACUCUAGCGAAGCUGCAGAAAACAGACCGCCUCCCGGGCCACGGCUAGUGACGCCGCAGAUCGCCCAAGAGUUUUCCAUCUUGAAACUAGAUCUGAAACUCGGCGCUUUGUCGCAGUCAGAGUUGGUUCAUUCACUAGAAAAAGGCUCGAUUGCGUCUUUGCUAGAUGGCAGGGUCAGCCAGAGCAUCAGACAUUUACUAUCUUUAAGGGAUAGAAUAGAAGAUUUGUCCAGUAAGGUGUUGAUUACUGGUGAUCUUAAUGCUGGCAAAUCGACGUUCUGCAAUGCGCUGUUGCGUCGCAAAGUUCUGCCAGAAGACCAGCAGCCGUGCACGAGUAUUUUCUGUGAAGUGCUGGAUGCGAGAGAAAAUGGUGGCGUUGAGGAGGUCCAUGCCAUCCACAAGGACCGACCGUAUAACCGCAAUGAUGAGAGUACAUAUGACGUAUACUCCAUACAGGACCUGGAAUCGAUAGUGGUGGACAACAGCAAAUAUAUGCAGUGCAAGAUUUAUCUAAAGGAUGUAAGGACAAUUGACGAGUCAUUACUAAACAAUGGCGUGGUCGAUAUAUCCAUCAUUGAUGCCCCCGGCCUUAACUCUGAUUCCGUCAAGACCACUGCUGUCUUCGCUCGACAGGAGGAAAUCGACGUGGUCGUUUUUGUCGUGUCCGCUGCAAACCAUUUUACCUUAUCAGCACAGGAAUUUAUCAUGAAUGCCGCCCACGAGAAAGCUUAUAUUUUUAUUGUUGUGAAUGGCUUUGACAAUAUCCGGGAUAAGCAACGAUGUCAACAAAUGGUUUUGAAGCAGAUUGCUAAAUUGAGUCCACGGACGUUUAAGGAGUCUGCUGAACUUGUUCACUUCGUAUCGAGUAAUGCGGUCCCUGUUAUGCCUGCUAUCACGGCUGGUGGAGGCGGAGGAGGAGGUGAUGGUGAUGGCGGUGAUAACGGUCUAGACCUGGAUGACGAGGAUGGCUCAAAGGGCAAAGGAAAGGCCCCAAUUGCAGCGGACGAUAAGGGAAAAGGGAAGGAGAAAGAGAAAAUUCAGGACUUCGAAAACUUGGAGGGUGCAUUGCGCCGAUUUGUCCUUGACAAACGCUCAAGGUCGAAACUUGCUCCGGCAAAGACCUAUCUAUUAAACAUCCUUUCUGAUCUGCAUGUUCUUGCCUCUGCGAACCGAGAUGUCGCUUCAUCCGAACUCGAUCGCAUGACAAAGGAACUCGAAGAACUCGUGCCCGCCUACGAAGAAAGCAUGAAGAGUCGAACAGAAGUUACCGAGCAGCUUUCUAAUUCUAUUGAUGAGUCGUGCGAGGAAGUCUAUAACCAUUCUCGAACAACUUUGUCCACCAGAGUAGCGACACUUGGUGAAGCUACUCUUGGCGUCGAAUACCCGGGUUUGUUCUCCGCGUUCCAGUAUGCGGAAGAUCUGAAGGUAGCUAUGCUCGACGAGCUUGCUGCCACCGUCUCCGCGUGCGAGGAUUACGCUCGCGGAAAAUCCGUCCAGGGAGUCAACAUGAUCCAGAGCAUCGGCCUCCUCCACGUCGGAGAAGAUAAAUUCCCCAACCUUAAUUUCCGCGCGGAUCUUAUGUUCAAGCAAAAGCGACAUAUCACUGCCAGGCAGAUCGAUACUGAAAUCGAUAUAUGGGACUUUUUCGACAUCGCUGGCCUGUGGCAUCGGCAGGAAAAGGUAGCUGGGACCAGCAUGGCGAUGACUCUUGUCACUGUCCUUGGCGGAAGAGCCUUGGGAGGAUCAAAUUGGAUCGACGGUGCGCUUGGUGCUGCUAGGAUUCUGGGAACGAACAAUAUGCGUCGGAUGAUCGUGCCUGGCAUGGUCGCAGCAGCACUAUUAACCGCAUCAUACCUCCUCACCCAAAUCCCCACCGCCCUCCCCACAAACAUCUCGCGCAAACUCUCCGAAUCCCUCGCAGAAAUCGAUUACAUUCACACCAAUGCCACCCGCAUCUCCUCUGAGGUGCGUCGCGUCCUCCGCAUGCCCGCAUCCAGGCUACAAUCAACCCUCCAGACAGCCACAGAAGAACUAGCCAAGCGCAAAGCCGAAGUCGGCAAGACCAAGGAAGAGAGCGAAGUUGCCAGCAAGUACUUCUCGAAUCUAUUCCGCGAGAGCAGGGAUACUCGCAGGGCGGUUGAGCAGGUUGAUCUAGAAUCACCCCUGCCGGGCAGUAUGGCGCAAUAUCAGCAACAAGCAGCGCGAGGUUCGCGUUCUUGAUUUUCUUCUUCCUCCCCCCCCCCCCCCCCCCCGGGACGAAUAAAAGAGCUAGUCAGGGAGGGGCAUGGGGAUAAUGUAUCAUCCUAGCUGUCUGACGUCAAUCAUCCCAUUCGUUUUUUAUUUUUAUUUCUUUUUAUUUUUGCUCCUCCUUUUUGCUUCACAGUGGUUGAUGCAUCACCUCCUAGACAUCCAUGCAUACACCUCUUUAUUCCUUUGCGUUUCUAAUGCUUCUCAUCUUCACAUGUAUGUAUUUACGCAGUAUGUACUAACGCCUUUUUCUUUUCUCUAUCUUCCAUGUAAAUACCCCCUAUCCGCUCCCUUCUUUACACCGUCUUUUUUUCCCUCACAACAUCUCCCAUCUCACAACCAAUUACAUACUCAAAUGUGCAUGGGUGUGAAUAAGAUUGGUCAUCUAUAUAUAUUGUAUAGUUCACGAUGUAGAUAUGGUGCCUUUGUUUCAUUUUACUACACCAAACAAGUAAAAUUGAAUGGAGCACUUAUUACAUGCUUGUGUAGAUUUCUUUUGCCCUUUUUCCCUCUUGUUCCUCUGCCAUGUUUAUUUUUAUUUUUAUUUUUAUUUUUGUUCUUUUUUUCCCUUGGUAUCCUAAAGGACAAAUUACCCCGUCAACGCCCUAUUUCUUUUUCCAUUUCUUCUCCCCCGAGCGCGCAAAAUCAUUACCUGAAGCAAAGCAUUCUGCUUUUAUUUUUGCGGGGACCCGAAGCGCUUGGUGUACAUUAAUUUAUAGCUAGCUACAAGUGGAUAACUGUCCGGGGUUUAUGCAAUUCAUUUUUUGACUAUGAUCUUUUUGUGGUUGGCAUGCAGCUUCCUUCCUUUAAUGCUGUACUUAAUUCCCUCUUGUAAAAGCCCAUUCUAUCGAACCCUCUUUCUAUCGAUAACCUCGGACUUAUCGGUUUAGAAUAGGCGAGUUGAAAUACACUUCAUCCUACUAUCAUGCCUUUGUCUCAGCAGACAAUAUAUAUAUUAUCCAAAAUGGCACUGGAAGCCACAGGGCGCCUUAUUUACUCGCCAUCAGAGUGUGCUCAGGACAUUUCUCUAGCCCCUGAUGACGUGACGCCAAAACCAAAAUUUGCACCAAAGAAGAACAAAAAAAACACCUCCCCGCUUCCAAGAGAAAAUUUGAACGAGUAAUCCUCACCAACCAAAAUAUCACGCCUUAUUCCCUCGCUUUGAUGACUGCCAGCACAGAACGCGAUCAAGCUUGUAAGAUUUUGGCACACCUUCUGUGCGAUGUGUAUAUACACGGAUAUAUCUGUACGAGAAAGAAAAUGGAGCCAUAGAUUAAAAGAAAUCACACAAUCAUAACCCCUCAUACGUCACCCCUUUCCCCGACCUUCUAGUCCUCCUCCUAUUCCCCCACCCAUCCAGUGCCUCGUUCUCUUUAAGCACCAAACUCUUCGAGGUGAUCUCACGGUGCCUAGCCGUGGCCGUGGCGGCAGCGGAAGCCCCAUCUUUCCCAUCCGCCACCCCCGCCGCCCCGCCAUCAAUCUUAGCUCUCAUAGCCGCCGCAUCGGGAAUCUCAUAGCCCAACUGCGUCAGAUCUGGCGUGUCAUCGUCGUCCGGGAACCCGGCCCCGCCAUGAUCGCGCAUAGAGCCGCCAUGCGGGAAAUCAGCCGUCGUAUGAGUGCGGAACAUUUCCAACCGAGACUCCAGCAGCUGCUGCGCCUCUGUCUUAUCCGUCUUCUUGUUUACGAGAACGGAGGAGGUAGAGACGCUGGGGGCGUUGCUGUGGGCUUUGGGGGUCGAGGAGCUGUCGAAGCCGAGCCCGUCGACGACGCUGCCGUGGCCGUCUUCGUUCAUGGUGUCGAUGGAGCUGGCUCGGGAUAUGCGCGUGUCGCCGCCACCGCUGCCGCCUGGUACGGUGGCACUUAGUAACAUUGAGGAAUGCGAAUUGGCGCGGCCAAGGAGCUGCUUUCUGCGCUUGCGCUGCUGCUGCUGUACACCGUUGCCAGUACCGUCUCUAUCUUCCAGGCUGGAUGGUUUGGAAGAAGCUGCCCGGCGCUUUUGUUUUAGGAAUUCAUUCAGGGCGCUGUCGAGAGUCGUUUUGGAAUCCUGGUUAUUAUCGUUAUUAUACUCGUUAUAAUCAUUAUUGUUAUUAUUAUUAUGAGAUUCUUCUGCUGCUGGGUGCCUUGGUCUGACAGAUGGCACGGGGAGGGUGGGGACAGGGGUUUGGUUGCGCUUUGAAGGGGACGGGGAACGGCUGGCUGUUUUCCGUGGCGAGUUUGCUGAAAGCUCUUGGAGGGCGCUGCCGGGUGGGACACUUGGUUCUCGCGCUACUGGAGUGUAUUUCCAUUUUUCUUUAGUUCGGGCAGGAAGUGUGGGUUGUUUAGCUGUGUCUGGGCCGGUGUGUGGGGAUAUUUCAUCUUCUAACAGCGCCUUACGCUUCUUGGGUUCAUUUUGUUUCACUUCAUCCCGUUGAAUAAGUUGGGUCGGACAUCUAGUGUCCUGAGGCUGUCUAUACUCGAUUAUAUACGGUGUGAACGGUUUUCUCUCCCCAGUCUGAACUGAAAUCCAUAGCCAAUCCGCAAUGACAGCUGGGAUAUUCCAUUCCGCGACAUGUCGCAGUUUUUCUUGAUUCGGGUUUCCACUGUUGCAGAUAAGCACUGAUGCUUUGGGCGUGAGAAACUCGUCAUAGGUAGCCCCUAGUAACAAAUUAGCACCAAAUUGUCGCUCAUGGGGAUAAGGCAUGUCAAAACACAUACCCAUUACCUUGACGAGCUUCGAAAGAUGUAAGAGAUCAAUACCGGAAAAUCCAGUCGAGCAAACUCUCAGCCCUUGGAAUGCUAUUCAUAGUUAGAUAUAUGCAGUGUUUAAACGAACAAGUUUUACGAACCU